CGAAUCGCUUGGCUCCUCAGGCGGCGCUGCUGCGAACGCCGCCUCCAACCCCACGACUGGAGGAGCCUCCGAUCACCGGGCGUAUAAAUACCCGCGAGCCCUCGACUCUUAAAACAUUUCCCCCUCACCGCAACUGGGUUCUUAUUUCCCUUCUCUUUCUUCUUCUUUUGGUCUGGUGCGAGGCGCCAAAAAGAGGAGGAGGAGGAGAGAAGAGGGGAAGGGCAAAGAUGCACCACACGUCUGCCGUGGUAAACUUAUACCCGCUCUCGAGCUACACCUUCGGGACAAAGGAGCCCAAGAUGGAGAAGGACACCUCCGUCGCCGAUCGCCUCGCUAGGAUGAAGGUCAACUAUAUGAAGGAAGGGAUGCGAACAAGUGUGGAAGGAAUUCUGCUGGUGCAGGAACAUAACCAUCCUCAUAUACUACUGUUGCAAAUUGGAAACACAUUCUGCAAGCUUCCUGGUGGGCGCUUAAAGCCUGGAGAGAAUGAAAUUGAGGGCCUGAAACGCAAGUUGUCCAGCAAACUUGCUGCCAAUUCAACCGCACUUCAACCAAACUGGCAGAUUGGUGAGUGUGUAGCUAUCUGGUGGAGGCCCAACUUUGAGACAAUUAUGUACCCCUAUUCUCCUCCCCAUAUUACUAAACCAAAGGAAUGCAAAAAACUUUUCCUUGUUCACUUGUCUGAAAGAGAAUACUUUGCAGUACCAAAAAAUCUGAAAUUGCUGGCUGUUCCACUAUUUGAACUCUAUGAUAAUGUUCAGAGAUAUGGACCCGUUAUAUCCACCAUACCUCAGCAGCUGUCAAGAUUCCAAGUAAACAUGGUCAAUCCAUGAACUCAAAAAGUUCCCAAGCUGCUUUCAACUCUAUUGGCUGCUGCAGAGUUGAGCUGUUCAAACUUGUGUUUAUCGUUAAUUUGUCCCUCUAAUAUUGUUGGCUUGCAUAAUUUUUGAUCUGAAGCUCUCUCUUUUUUUGUGGUUUAUGUACAAUUAGAAAGCUAAUUUCCUAUAUUGAAGUUCAAUUGCUGUUCUUUUCCUUGGUUGCGCCCAAACAGGACUCGAAACAUUCCAUUAUUGUACUGCCAUGUAUUUUAUCAAGAGAAAUCAUGUUGUAGGAAAGCUUAUUUUGAUGUGCC